GCAGCGCCCUCUAUUGAACCAAUUUACUGCGGUGACGUCAAGUGUUUUGAUAUUGCAAAUUCAACAUGGCUGCCUACGUCGUUUUGUUUCCUAGUCGAGCAAAUCGCGGGAGUCAUCGAAAAAUUGUCACUUUCUAGGCAUUAGUUUUCAAAUUGGAUAAGUCGCAAACAUGCCUUGGUAUUUCCCGUGGCCGGAUUACAUUAAGAAGAAGGCCUGCAGGUAUCUUCUGCAGCACUACGUGGGGAGUUUUCUCGAGGAAAAACUGACACUCGAUCAGCUGAGCGUUGAUUUGUACAGUGGGACGGGGACAGUCAAAGACGUCAAGCUUGAUGUUUGGGCCUUAAAUGAACUCCUGGAGAGUGUGGCCGCUCCCAUUGAGAUGCGAGAUGGCACGGUGGGCAGCAUCUCCGUGGAGAUUCCCUGGUCGGCCCUCCUGACAGCCAACAGCAAAGUGGAGAUCAAGGGUCUCAAGCUGACCUUCCAGCCCAAGUACCGGCUCAACACGGAAGCUAAUGGCAGCGCCAGCAGUAGCAUGAUGGAUUCCAUGUGGAGCAAUAUGAGCAUGUCCAGCUCCAUACAGCUGGCUCAGGAAUGUCUCAAGAGAGACAGCUCCGAGACGGACCUGGACGCAGCCACUGCCUCGGCUUCCUCAUCAUCCCAACCGUUUGAAGGACCUGAACUCCUAGCCCAGAUGAUAGAAUCAGUACUGACUCGUGUAGAGAUGACACUGAUCGACACAGUUAUCCGACUGGAGCAUGUACCUCACGGGUGCCGAUCUGGAAUAGCACUAGAACUACAUAUAGAAAGGCUGCGGUACUUUGACGAGGGGGCCCACGGCAGUAGCGUGGACCCCUCCCAGGUACCCCGCUUUGAGCCGGCGGCCGUGGCCCACAAGAACUUCCAGAUGAUGGGGGUGACGGUGCACUGCGAGGAGUUUCCCGAGGACCAGCGGCACCUCGCCAGGGCGUCCUCUAUCGACGUGACGGGAACGACGCCGGACGCGUUCCCCUCGCUGGCCCACUCGCCGGAGAUGCCGCCCCAGCACACCCGGAUUGACCGGGGAGGGGGCGAGGAGGGGGAGGGUGGUGGUGGGAGGACAAGCAUGGAGCUCCUGGGGAGUUGCAUCGUGGGAGAAUGCGCCGGCAAACAGGACGUCAGGGUCAAGGUCAAACAGCAGGAGCAUAUCGCUGGACCCAAGGCUGAAGUAGAGACGUACCUCGGCUCCAUCAACCUCUUCCUAGCGCCCAGGCAAGUACAUCUACUCCUGGAGCUCUUCAGUGGCUUUCUUUCACCUGCUACUUCAGACGUCACCAGCACCCGCGGCAGCCAACCCAACAAGCUCAUGCAACCCGAGGACUAUCAGCGCAUUGAGAGCGAGCUGCAGGAACAGCUGAUCCGGGAACGGCAACAACGGCAGGAGGACAGACUAAGGCGGGAAUCCUGGGGGCUCAAGGAGGAAGAAGAACAGGAAGGUCUAGAUAUGUUCACCAUGCAGUCAUUUAUGGAAGAUGAUGAGUUGUUCUUCUCCAUGACUGGCAGCUUGAUGUCCAUGUCACACACGGGCACCUUGGAGGACAUGGAAUCCUCCUUCACCAGCACUCUCAGCAGUAGCUCAACAGACACAUCCAGGACAGGAAGUAGCUUUCCCAGGGUGAUGUAUGGCAACACAAUGUACAGAGGUCCCAGCUUGACGUCGUUUGGCUCUGCUGUACCUAAAACCACCCAGCCAAAGAGAUCCAGAUCAAAGAAAGGGCUGAGAGAGCAGUUAGAAGAUCCCACCGCCGAGCUCACCCGCUACAAGCUACGCUUCAGCAGCCUGUCCCUGACCGUCCUCCACAACGAUCCCGCCCGCACCCCCCUCAACACCAGCCCUACGGGCAGCAGCUACCACCAGUCGCCCCUCAAGACGGGAAGGGGCACGCAGCAAGGGCAGCAAGAUGCCCUGCAAGAGAAGGCAGAGUAUUUCUUCCACAUCCUGGGCAAGCAAGGGUACGGCAAGAAGGACCAGGGGGAAUGGAAGGAACGGUUUGCCAGGGCCUGCCCAUACGACCAUCUCAGGUUAACAGCAGCCCCGGUCACAUUAGACUGUGACCGUAAGAGCGCCCCCAACGUGACAGCCGUGACAGCCGAUCUCUCCUUUGGUACGCUGGAGCUGUACGAGUGUCUGUUUGAUCGGCCAAGGAGUGGCUCCACAGGGAGUUUCGGUCACGACCGCUUUGUCAAUGACUUGCCAUCUUGCCAACACAUAGAGAUAUUAUCAUUCAAGGAAGAAGAUGGCAUUGAAAAUGAAUACGUUGCCGUGAAACCCUCACUAGGAAUCAGGCUGAAGAGUAUACAGAGAUCAAGUAGCCAGGGAAGCCAACGCCGUAUCGUUCACAAGCCGAAGUCAGAGGUCACCGUGGACCUUGGCCAUCUGGCCUGUGAGCUGGACGUGACCAUAGUGGACCGCUUGUAUACCCUGCUACACCCACACCCAGUGGGGCUGAGCAACACGCCCAUGGGAAACGGCGGUUAUCGGUCACUGUAUGGUGGUGCUGUUAACUUGAACAAGCAAGCCCUCUUCAACCAGGCCCUUGAAGACACACCCUCUGGCUUAGAUCAACUCCUAGAUCUACGCGUCUCUUGCCCAGUUGCACAUAUUGCAUUUAGAUUUCCCAUACCUGAUCUGAGGGAGAUGAGCGACUGCGUCUGGUGGAAGCGUUCCUUACGAGAUGAGAUUCUCCAUCUAGAACUCCUGGAGACAGAAUUCAGAACGGUACUCGGCGACGGUAAACCUUACCAGACCCUGCUGCUACAGUGCAGGGAGCUGCAGACCUCGCUUCAACUUGGUCCUCAAGAAUCUCCAAUUUCCUUCCUCCGCGUUCAUCACGGCAACCUCGACACCAACUCAGCAGAGAGGGACUUUGACUUGCCAAAAUUGGUAUUGAAGCUGUACCCGAGGAGCGAGACGUCAGUCUUUGAGGAUGCCGCAGACAGCGAUACCUCCCCGCCUGUCCACUCCUGGGAGGGGGCGUGUCACUUUGAGAAGCCGGAGGCGUCUCCGUUCUCGUCCAAACGCGUCAUGUAUGACAGCGAGCAGAUGGUGAUGCCAGGAGACCAAGAAGAGAUGAGAGAGUUUAGUGAGAAGGCCAUCAGUAGCGCCCGUAUUGUCGUGGAGCUUGUGGUCCCCAGUGUUAACAUCAUGCUGCCCGGCAAGGACUUCGUCGAGCUCCUGUACAACAGGUUUGGAUACGAUGUGCUCCUGUGGCAGCCAGCAGCCCCUACCCCACGGGACUGUAAUGACGGCUACGCCUCAGUGGGACUGCCUAGGCUAGACCUGGCUGGCCACCUAGCUGGGGCCGGCAUGCAGGAGAGAUUCACCAUGUGUCAGUCGGGCCUCUAUGUCGACUCAGACUCAGACACCGAGGAGGACAGCGGUGGCUUCUACUCGGCGCUCAGACAGAAAUCCACCCAUCAAACUCAGACCGGCAACUCCCAGAGCUUCCUGGCACUCAGUCUCACCAUCAACCACGGCAAACUCACCAUGUGCACUCCACUAAAGGAAAGUUCCUUGCACGGAGAGACUAUGCUGGAGAUAGAAGACGGCUCCCUGUUCACGGUGACAGACUACAAGGGGAAUGCCAACAUGAGUUACCUGUGCCUACAGGCCAACAGGAUUGCCUUAUACCACAACGGCCAAGUAGAAGCACCCAUACCGAAGGGCCCCCUCCCCCACGCCACAUGGGCCCCGCCAGACCACCUCAAGUGCUGCAUAUACCUGUCCGAUAGCGGGGUCCCUAGUAAACUCAGCGGGGGUGUCGGUACCGGGGCUGACAGCCACCACAUGGUGGCGCUGGCCAUGAAGAUGUUCUUCAACCCAGAGACCAAUAUCAAAAACAUGGAAUGUGCCGUCGGCAUCAGAGGAGCAACAUUGCGUCAUUACAUGACCAAACCAGAACAUAGCUGGUUAGUCCAGCUUAGUGAUUUCUUUGAUGUUGUCGAUGAGGAAGUCUUGGGCUAUGCCAUGCCGUCAGUUGUCACUGAGUUCCAUGCUCACUUCUGGGGCUGUGGGAUCGAUUACAGACCGCUUCACCUCCCGUUGAGAACCUACUUAAUGGCCGAGACACUUAGUAUAUCCAGCAACUUAGUCUACGAGGCCAAAGAAUCAUUAUUGAGGUUCCUUGUGGAUGAUGCAGCAGUCUUCCUAUCAGACCAGUGCAAAGAGAGAUCCGUUGAUAUCAGAAGUAAUUAUGUGUGUGUCUUAGAUCUGGGCAUGUUGGAAAUUUCACUCAGGAUGAGCACAGAUAAGGAUAAGAAUCCCAAGAUUGACCUGAAGGUGUCCAACAAUAUGGUGCACCUGCGUACCUGCGCAGACUCCUGCACGGCGUUAGCCAGACUAAUCCUGUAUCUUGCCAAUGACGGUGACCACCAGUCCCCACCACGGCCGACAUCGUCACAGCAGUGGAGCGACUACCAACAGCAACCACAGCAACAAAUAGAUAGGGAUGAUGAGGAACAAUUUGAAAUGAACGGCCAGCCUAUAUCGGACAGUCCGAUUGGCUGCGGCAAUCACCUUGAUCAGAUGCAGCAGUUGAUGGAUGAGGCCAUGAGGGACGUGAGGUCAGGCAUGUCACCCCCAGCGGAGGAAGGCACGCCCAUCAACAUUGCCUGCACUCUGAGAAGAGACGGGGACCUCUUCCUCUUUCCUAAUGAGGACCAGGCAGAUGAUGAAGAUAUUACCGAGGAUGCGAGCUUGCAGCAUCACCACGGCAACUCCAUGAACGGCCUCUCAGAGCCCAUCUCAGGACACUUUGAGAUGACUGCGGAGGAUGAAGUCGAAGGGUUCUUUAACGAUGAGGAGUUUUGUGUGCUAGACGACCCCGGCAUGGGUGUACUGCGUCAUCAAGGCGAACCCGAGGUCAAGUGCUUUGACGACAACCCCGUUUCCAUCAAAGAGGACCACUUUACGCGCCCGUUGGGCCGAGGGGACCAGCUGAACGCACCGGUUCACUUCCCGACACCGGUCGGCAAGUACACGCUGCAGGAGAUGACCGUAGUGUGGCACAUCUAUGGGGGCAAUGACUUUGGGCCGGCUUCACAGCAGAAACUGUCUGUGCCUGAUGUUCAGAGCUCAAGCCCUGUGCGGCCAGGUACCCCCGACAGAACAAGCGGUAGUCCGGCAUCCAGGAAGCCCAAGCAACAACAGAGCUAUCAGCAGCUUAGCUGGUAUGAGAGAGGGGGACCAGGCAGAGACCACUCCACGUUAAUGGAACUACAGCUGAACAAGGUGAGAUUCCAACACGCCCAGUACCCUGACGACUCCCAGCAGCGAUCCCGUCAGAUCCUACUAAUCAGUGACAUCGAGGUACGGGAUCGGCUGGCCAACUCCCAGAUCAACAAGUUCAUGUACCUGUACUCCUCAGAGGGUAGGCCUAGGAGAACACGCGCUAACAUGGUGUUGGUGAAAGCGUUACAUAUCCGUCCAGACCCUGACCUAGCGGCAGAGGAAUGCUGCCUACGCAUCUCUCUUCAACCGCUAAGGCUCAAUAUAGACCAGGACUCCUUGUUCUUCCUUCAUGACUUCUUCAGCAAAGUGUCAUCAGACGCUGGCAAGGUGCCUGUACCAGAAACCAAAGAACACCUACAUCACUAUGCAACAAGCCCCGCCAAACCCCGCCCCACACCCACGGCCGCACCCACGACCACACCCGCCUCCAGACCCCGCAGCCUGUCCCCAGUCUCCAUAGAGCAGUUGCUUGCAGACGGUAUGGAAGAAGGAGAGAGAGACAUGGACGAUUGGCGGGGCUACGGGGAUGACUCGAUGGACGACUUCGAUCAAAGAGAACUGGAGCCGGAGUCACCGCCAGAGACCCAUAAUGCACCCAGCUUGGUAGUGACCGAGGGGAACACAAAGGGGGCAAGCACACCAAUCUUCUUCAGGUCAUUUGUGUUCUCCCCGGAUGUACCAAUUAAGCUGGACUAUGAGGGCAAGAGAGUAGACAUGGAACAGGGAACACUAAUGGGGCUACUAAUAGGCCUUGGACAGCUGAAUCAUUCAGAACUUACACUCAAGAGGCUCCACAACAGACAUGGGCUUCUCGGUGUUGACAAGCUGAUACUGUUUGCCGUCAAUGAGUGGGCCAUGGACAUCAAGAAGACACAGCUACCCAGCCUAUUGGGAGGCGUGGGACCAAUGCACUCCCUGGUACAACUCGUGCAAGGCGUAGUGGACCUGGUUCGUCUGCCCGUUGAGCAGUACAGGAAGGACGGACGAUUGAUGCGAGGUUUCCAACGAGGGGCCAGCUCAUUCGGGACGUCCACUGCAAUGGCCGCAGUGGAGCUGACCAAUCGAAUGGUCAGGAUACUCCAGGCAGCGGCUGAGACCGCCUAUGACAUGGUCUCCCCUGGGCCCAGCGUCUCCAGCCGGGCCAUCACCUACGGACCGUUUGGCCAGUCCAGGUUGGCCAGGCAACCCACCGACUUCCGGGAAGGCAUGGCCAAUGCCUUCAACGUGGUCAGAGAGGGUUUGGAAGAUGCGGCCAUCGCCAUCGUCAAGGUAGCCAAGGAGGAGCACGAGCACAAAGGCGUGUCCGGAGCGGUGGGGGGCAUCCUCCGUCAGAUCCCGCCCACCGUCAUCAAACCACUCAUAUUAGCCUCAGAGGCUACCUCCAGCGUGCUGGGCGGGAUGAGGAAUCAGAUGCAGCCGGAUGCACGCAGGGAAGACUCUGAGAAAUGGAGGUCUGAGAAGAACAAGUGAUGGGGAUAAGUAAGGUAGACAGAUACAUACGCUAGCUAGUUUGUUUAUGGUGUAAAUCAAGGAUCUCCUAUUGUCCUCAUCGUCGAUCUUUUGCUCAUACUUUUUUUGCAACAGCUCCCAUUGGUUUUGUACAUGUUUUAUAAUCGAGGUCGUCCUCGAUUUGACUCCUGUUUUCAAUUACACAAGGAUGUUUUACAUGUGUGUCCUCGAUUUACACCUUAAAUAUGCGCCAUGACAGGCACCGACGGAUACCUAUCACACACACAGAACCUUAAAUUUUAAUUUUGUAGAGUACUUGUAUUAUUCUCAUAUUACUCCUCUACAUUGAAAGUUCCCUUGUGGGCAUAGACUAGCUCCGCGACAGUCAUUUUCUGAGGUGGAACCAGGCUCCCACGAGUCGCGCUCAGGUAGUAGGCACACACGCUGGGCUCCUUCAAUCAAUAGGGUUACCACAUGCGCACGCCUUGUCUUCAAGAACGUGUGCGGCAUGCACGCAAAUAUGGUUCAUCCUCAGAAAUGGCUUAUAAUUUUGUUUACCGAAUCAUUCUGUCGUUCUGUGUUCCCCAGUUGCGUUUCACCAACAGAGGGCAGCAGACAGGUUUGUUGUAAUCAGAGAAAUACCUUGAUAUUGAAAAGGGAGAAUCAGUAGAGGUUUUUGUGUACAAAACAUCAGAGAUAUAGAACUGAAGCUUUUGGAUUGUUUGCCAAAGAAUGGACUUUUUAUUCGAAUUGUUAACGCUUGUGAGAUUCUUGUUAAAAAAAAAAGGAAUGUUAAAAUUGAAAUCAGCCAAGAAGGUGAGAUUCCAUGGGACAUUGACUAGUGCAAGUUUUGAACAAGUAAUUUGAACACCCAGCAUAAAGAUUCAGUCAGUUCUGCUUUACUGAAUUUUCUUGCUCAUUUUAAUUUCUGUUUUUAAGUGAAUCUAGUCAGUUUUCCCCUGGAGUUUAUUUGAUGAAAGACUGUUUUGAUUUUUAAAGAAAGUCACUGUUUUGCCAAAGCAUUGUACAUGUAUAAAGCUGAAAAAGUAGUUUCAAUUUUAUGAUAUGAUUGGAGAAGGUGCAAUAGGAAGAUGAACUGAUGAAAGAAAGAUAUUGGUUAAAAAUGAGAGAAUGCAAACCUUUGUAAAUAUAAUUUAGUAGCUCUUUGUACAGUGGAUCUGACUAAUCAGUUAAAGGCAAGCAGAAAUUGAAAUCAAUUUUGUUGUUAAUCAGAAUUGGGUAUUAUAAAAUGUGCGGGUGUUCGCUUACAACAGUUUUUACUCCGGACUUUGGAUCAAAUUGAGGGAUUGAGAUUAAGAGUGCACUGAAUGUUUUCCUUAUGGGUGUCACCUCAGUGUCUAUGGAUUACCGCCCAUGAAAUUGCUAACUGAAAAAUGCUAAAACAAUUUAGAGAGAUUUUUAUGAACUCAGUGCAACACAUCAAGCAAUUUCCCCUUCCAUCUCGACAAAACUAUUCUGUAUAUAUCUUGGA